ACUCGAACCAUUUCCUCUUCUUCGUAAUCAAUGUGUUAACAAGUGAAUUAACUUUUCUCUUUCAUCAGUUUGAUUUCUGUUUACUUGAUCAACAGUAAUCACUGUUUUCUAUUCCCUAUCUCUUUGUGUUUACUUGAUUUUCUAUUACAAUUUUCUAUCUGAUUUUCUACACAAAAUCUGGGUUACAUUGACAAUCUUCCUUCCAGAUCAUCAAAAAGAAUAAAGUUACAAUUAGCUGAUUAUCAUCGUAAUUAUGGAUGUGAUUACCAUUGAAAUCGAAUCAAAUAUUCGUGAGAUUGAACGUUUCUUCUUGUGUUUAGAUAAAGUUUCCUGUCAUGUUUAUGGAUUAAUUAAAACAGCGAUCAACGAGGUUCGAGAGCGACUUGAUUGUCAUUACCAAAUAAUUAAAUACCUUUGGACACAAGAUUCAAUUCGAAGCGAUAUAAUCAAAAUUGGACUCAAUGGAAUAGGAAACAAUUCAGUUGAAAAAGGUGAAUUGAUCCAUUAUUUGGCUACCAAGGAUUUAGAUGAAUUGAUUAAUCAAUUUUUCAAAACUUUCUCGAAAAUGUUACACUUGGUGGAAAAUUUCAGGCGCCUCAUGAGACUACGAGUUAUCGGUGGACCUGAGGCCGAUAAUGUUGAAAUGUAUCGACAGGUUGAUGAGAUUCUUAUGGCUUAUGGUUGAUCGGAGGUCACUUUUUUCACUUAUAUAUAAAUUGAAUCCAAGAUUAAGUUGAAAUGUUCAACAACUGACCUUCACUUAUUGUUAAAUGACCAAUUAACGUCAAUGGACAUUGGAUGUGGAAAUGUAAACACAAUGAGAAAAUCUAAUCAUUUUGUGUCAAUUCAAUUGAUUGACAAUAAAUUUUAAAUCAUUUGCUGUUUUAUAAUCAAAAAUAUUUCUUUAUUAGUCUUAAUAAUGAUAGAAAUUAAUUGAUUGUUUGGAUUAUCUUACAAAUUGAAGUGGUCAACUGAAUAUCGUCUUGAGUUGUUUAUUUAGUGAUUUAAUGAUAGUUAGUUGAUUUCUACAAUUUUAAAUAAUAAUAAAUUGAUUUUUAGUUACAA